AGCUAAGUCGCUCACUGUCGGGAUUUCUUCCCGAUUGCGUCAUCCUCAGUAUAAAUAUGGGCAGCGCACUGAUGAAAGUUUUCCCCUCUGAGACAACCACUUGUUGACAGCGUGUCUGCCGCACUCGGUACACCAUUCAAGUCUCUAGAGUCUGAAGACGACCAUGGCUGUCCCCACCACCAACAAGACGGUCCUCAACAAGUACCUGGACCUCCCCCAGCCCGACGAGAAGGUCCAGGUGGAGUAUAUUUGGAUCGAUGGGAGUGGAGAAGGGAUCCGAGCUAAGUGCAGAACUCUCGACUUCAACCCCAAGAGUCCCGAAGAAUGCCCUGUGUGGAACUUCGAUGGUUCAAGCACCGAACAAGCGGAGGGUCGUGACUCAGACCGGUAUCUCCAGCCCGUAGCCAUAUUCAAGGAUCCGUUCAGGCGCGGCAACAACAAACUCCUCAUGUGCUCAGUCUACGACCACAAGCUGAACCCUGUCAAAACUAACCUCCGGCAUACGUGCAAGGCUGCAAUGGACAGGGCCAAGGCGGAAGAACCCUGGUUUGGAAUCGAACAGGAAUAUACUCUGUUGGACUAUGACAAGUACCCCUUCGGCUGGCCCAAGAAGGGCUUUCCGGGACCUCAAGGUCCCUACUACUGCGGUGUCGGAGCCAACAAGGUGUACGGCCGUGACAUCGUCGAGGCUCACUACAGGGCGUGUCUAUAUGCGGGGAUUGAGAUCGCUGGGUGUAACGCAGAGGUCAUGCCAGCUCAGUGGGAGUUCCAAGUGGGGCCCUGUCUGGGUAUAUCCAUGGGCGACCAUCUGUGGGUUGCCAGGUACCUCCUCCACAGAGUGGCAGAAGACUUUGGCGUUAUUGUCACCUUUGAUCCCAAGCCAAUGAGCGGCGACUGGAACGGUGCAGGCGCCCACACCAACUACAGCACGAAGGCAAUGAGAGAAGAUGGUGGCUUGAAGUUCAUUGAAGACGCCAUUGACAAGAUGGCAGUACGUCACGCCGACCACAUCGUCGUGUACGACCCCAGAGGGGGCAAGGACAACGAGAGACGUCUCACGGGAAAACACGAGACUUCGUCCAUUCAUGACUUCUCUGCCGGUGUGGCUAACCGCGGAGCUAGUGUGAGAAUUCCCCGCCAGGUGGCGGAAGACGGAAAGGGUUACCUCGAAGACAGACGUCCAUCUUCCAACUGUGAUCCCUAUGGAGUUACUGAAGCACUCGUGAAAACAACCAUUUUGGACGAACCUUUGUUCUAGAAGGGACGUAUAUAUGAGGAUACCGUAUACAUUCGUCAUGUUUGGGAAUACCUGCCUGUACAUGGUUUACAGGCGGACGUGUACUCUACCGUGUAAACAGGAUUACUUGAAUCGAUGAAUGUCUCCGUUGAUUCAAGUUGGGUUUGAAAACGUUAACAUAGGGCGUGUAUAUUGUGUAAAUAUCGCGAGAAAGCCCCGAUGUUCACAGCGAGGGUGAUUGCAAUAGCUGAAACAACGACGUGGAUUUGUAAUAAAUUGUCAUUGAUAUUCUUGCCAUGUAAUACGUUUCGAUUAUUCGUUUCACAAACAGAUCUUAGGGCUACGAUUUUUGUCGUAACACUCCGAUUGUCGUAAGUCUGUGUUAAAGUAUGGAGUUAUGAUCGUCUCAGUUUUACGAUUACGACAGUGACGUAGUUACGAUUGUCUUAGCGCCCGAUUGUCGUAAGUCUAUUUUUAAAUAUGGAGUUACGAUCAUUUCAGCACUGCGAUAAACGUAAGUCUCUGUUGAAAGACGUAGCUACGAUCGUAGAAAGUCUGUGUUAACGUAUGGGAGGUACGCUCGUGUUGGCGCGAAUACCACUUUCUGGAAUGGACCCAGGGCUCCGUUCCACGAAGUGAACGUAACGCAAACUUUGCAUUGACAAGAAAUCGUACGUCCCCAAGAAAAAAACAUGCUUUGUUGCAGUAUAUAUUUAGUAUGCAUACAUUUACAUUUCGUUUCCAUGUGAUAAAUUUCAUUACCAUAUUGGUUGUACAUAGUUAUCUUCACCGUCAUACGAGUCAUAUUGACUCACGAAACUGUCUUUCACGUUUUAUGUAUUUAUGUGAUUGUUAUAGCGAAUGAGAUGACACGUGUCACCACUCGUGUUAAUCCGGAAAGGUGACGGAAAGACGCGAGUGUUGGCAUGUGUUGCUAUUCGCCCAUGUGUGCCCAACUCGUGCUAUUCCGAAACAAACCAACUUGCAGGUUACGGAAAAUGGCGAAUGGAUACGAAUGGUGUCAAGGAGCCACCUUUAUAGAAUUAUGUCCCAAAGUGUCUUUUUUGAUGGAUAAGAAGAUAGUAUAAAUAUACAAAAUACUGAGAAGUGUUCAUUCUGAGUUUAUCGAAAUGGCACAGGAGAAAGAGAUAACUCCGCCAUUGUUCCAACCCUGAUCAUAAACAUCAAUAAGAUUAAUGCGGUUUGAGAUGAAACUAUUAGGGGUUGAUGUGUCUGCUUCAAGCCGAUCUAUGUGCAGUCAUUAUUCUGCCUGGUUAAUUAUAAUAUAGUAAUUGCCACAUCACAUCAUUAUAUCUGUCAAUGUAAAUUAAUCAUUGGGUUCAUUAUAGUUAUGCACAUGUCCUUUAAAGCCUAUCCAUUCAGUGUAUCUGAACGAUCAUGUCGCAGCAGAUGUUCUGUUGAAAUUUAUUAUUGACAAUAAAUUCGUUUGAACAGA